AUGGAUUACCAGAACCGAGCAGGCUCCAAAUUCGGCGGCGGAGGUGUCGCCUCUCAGUCCGCUACCAACGCCGACCGUCGCGAGCGCCUGCGCAAGCUCGCGCUGGAAUCAAUCGACCUCGACAAAGACCCCUACUUCUUCAAAAACCACGUCGGAAGCUUCGAGUGUCGACUAUGUCUGACCGUCCACCAAAAUGACGGCUCUUAUCUUGCCCAUACGCAGGGGCGCAAGCACCAGACGAACCUCGCCCGCCGAGCCGCACGCGAACAACGCGAAGGCAAGAAUCAAGACCCUUCCUCCAUGCCUGGCGCUAUGGGUGUGCAGGUCAAGAAACAAACUAUCAAGAUCGGUCGACCCGGAUACAAGAUUACCAAGGUCCGCGACCCAUUGACCCGCCAAAUGGGUCUGCUUUUCCAGUUGCAGUUCCAGGAGAUUACCCCGGGUGUUGUGCCGCGCGUGCGAUUCAUGUCCGCCUACGAACAAAAGAUCGAGGAGCCGAAUAAUGACUACCAAUACCUGGUUGUGGCUGCUGAGCCAUACCAGACCUGCGGGUUCAAGUUGCAGGCUCGCGAGAUUGAUCGCCGGCCGGGAAGAUACUGGACUUGGUUCGAUGAGGAUAGCAAGCAAUUCUGGGUGCAGAUUAUGUUUAAGACUGAGCGCGAGGAGCGGUUCAGUGGCGUGCCUGGUUUGGCUCCUAUGCAGAUGUGA